AUGGCCGCGAUUCAGAGCCAGAAGAAAGUCCUGGCAAAAACAAUGCGGACGAUGCUCAGAUCAUUGUCAUCAUCUGACAUUCAGCAGCAAUCCCAGGUGAUCACCGAGCGGGUGCUGGCCUCUCCCUUCUUUCAGACUAGCCAGACCAUCAGCUGCUAUCUCAGCAUGCCAUCCGGUGAAGUGGAUACUUCUGCACUGGUAUCUGGAAUCUUGCGGGCUGGAAAGACCCUCUUCGUCCCUAAAACUGAUGCUACCCAAGAGGGAAAGAUGGACUUUCUGAGGGUCCACAGCGAAGAUGAUUUACGUGAUUUUCCUCCCGGUAUAUGGGGAAUCAACGAGCCCGGCUUUGAGUACCUCAAGAAACGACGCCAAAAUGCGCUGGACGAAGCGAGCGACCCACUCGAUUUGAUCUUACUACCAGGCCUCGCAUUCGAUCGAUCCUUAUCGCGUCUGGGGUACGGCAAGGGAUACUAUGAUCGUUACAUAUCUGCGUACACCGCUACGACAAACAUGCGGCGAAAGCCUUUACUAGUGGCCCUAGCCCUGCGUGAACAGAUCCUCGUGGCUGAACGGGUCCCGACCGCAUUGCACGACUGGAAGAUGGACGUAAUAGUAGGGCCAGACGGGUUCAUACGCAGGGAGGACGGUCCUGCAUGA